UUUUUUUGCCGUCCCUAUGCUUGAAAAGCCAUGUGUUGCGAGGAAGUACAGAGACAGCAGUUACGGACUGCAGUAACAUGUAUCCUACAUCAAAGAGGUACCGCGUAGUGGACAAUGAGCACACUACCAGUCUCGAUCAUUUUCAAUAAGAUGGCAGCCGAACAGACGGACCAGACUUAUGGAACGUUAUUGGAUUACAGCGAACAAAUAGAUUUCAGUUGAUUUGUCAGACUCUGGAUAAAAAACAGACACUAAUUAUGAAACCAAGUUUUUCUCGUCGACGGAAAUGAGUGUUCAGAAGUUUUUAAAGAUGCCUAUGCUCUAUAUAGUCAUAGAAUUGAUUAUUGCUGUUUUGUCUAUUGCUGGCAAUGUUUUGGUAUGCUGGGCCGUUGCCAUCAACACUACACUGAAAAACGCCACGAAUUAUUUUUUGGUGUCUUUGGCGGUAGCAGAUAUUCUGGUCGGAUGUCUUGCUAUCCCUUUUGCCAUCACGAUCAGUAUUGGGCUGCAUUCGGACUUCUAUGGAUGUCUUUUUUUAGCCUGUUUUGUCUUGGUUCUGACCCAAAGCUCAAUAUUCAGCCUUCUGGCUGUUGCAAUUGACAGGUACUUGGCAGUCAAAAUUCCACUAAGAUACAAGGAGCUGAUGACGGGCAAGAGGGCCAGGAAGAUCAUUGCCAUUCUGUGGAUACUCUCUUUCGUGAUCGGCCUCAUCCCCUUCCUGGGGUGGAACAAGAAGCACGAAGUCUGCGGCAGGAACGCCAGCGUUGCGGAGAGGGGUGCUAACGGCAGCUCCAUGGCGACCGGCGGCGGCGGCGGCCUCCUGAACAGCUGCGAGCUGUUCUGCUUCUUCGAGAGCGUGAUGGACAUGAGCUACAUGGUCUACUUCAACUUCUUCGGCUGCGUGCUGCCGCCGCUGCUCAUCAUGCUGGGCAUCUACAUCAAGAUCUUCAACGUGGCCCGCAAGCAGCUGCGGCAGAUCGAGCUCAAGUGCAUCCACGGCGACAGCUCGCACAGCCUGCUGCAGCGCGAGAUCCGCGCCGCCAAGUCGCUCUCCAUCAUCGUGGGCCUCUUCGCCCUCUGCUGGCUGCCCGUGCACAUCCUCAACUGCCUGACGCUCUUCUACAACCAGCUGGAGAAGCCGCCGGCCGUCAUGUACGUGGCCAUCAUCCUGUCGCACGCCAACUCGGUGGUCAACCCCAUCAUCUACGCCUACCGCAUCCAGGACUUCAGGAACACCUUCCGCCGGAUCCUCUUCAAGCACGUCCUGUGCCGGAGGGAGGAGCUCUACCGCAGCUCCAACGGCAGUACAAUCAACAGAGAACAGGUCACCAUGACGAUCGAUCCGUUACUAUAGG